CUCAGAGCUUUUCCUCGAGGUUCUUCUUCUCCCGGUCUCUUCCCUUUUCUCCGGCUUAAAAUCUUGAGUUUCUUCACGAUUAACAGUCGAAAUCCGCCUUUUUCAAAAAUCUUCUCAAUAGAAACUCCCAGUCAACCGACAAAAACCUCAUCAAUUACUCAUCAUCAACUCAACCUCAACACCAUCCACAUCAUCACAUCACACAAUGACUCCCUCUCGCACCGCUCCUCUCCUCCUCAAUAACAGUAACUACUCGACAUGGUCAUUCCUAAUGACAGCCAAGCUUAGCAAGAUCGGAUCCCUUGGAGUCGUUCUUGGCUCAGUUCAGAAACCGGUGAUAGAGAAAGAUAAACCACCAAGCGAAAAAUCGAUCGCUUAUGAGGAAACCAAUCGGAUGGCCUACAUCGAAAUAAUAGAACAUCUCGACGACUCUCAUCUAGCCUACGUAUCCCAAACUCUCCCCGAAGAAGCUUCGUUCUGCGGAUACUCCGUCUGGCACAUACUCAAAAAGAAGUACGCGGGAGAUGAUUACGUUUCAAAAGAUCUCGCUCUCGAAAAAUUUCUCGAUCUCGACUAUCACGGCUCUCCGUCUGAAUUCAUUACUGAGGUUCGCGCUGCCAAUCACCUGCUUGUCUCAUCAAAGAUCGGUCUCGACGAUCAAGUCAAAACCUCGAUCAUUCUUCGCAAGCUACCCUCAGAAUUCCAGUCGUUCAGGACUGUACUCAGUGUUGGUUGCGCCGGCGACUCCGUGGCGUUGAUGCUCACCCGAUUAGAAAAGUACGCGGCUCAGAACCACCUCGAUCGAGCAUCUACGGUUCCUUCCCAACAAGCGCUUCUCACCACCGACGACAAGUUUUACAUGUGCCCCCACUGUAAGAAGGGAUUCACCAUUUGCUCUCACUGCGACAAGGCUGGUCAUCGUGAAGCGAUCUGCUUCGAGAAACACCCCGAUCGUCGUCCGACCAAAUCAUCGCCAUCAACAUCCUCAUCCAAAACCACCACUUCAGCUCAGGCUCAUCUUGCUUUCAGUACCCCUCAUGGCUUCACUCCUGAACAGGUCGAAUCUGAACGAAACUUUCAGGCGAUGCUCGCUAACCCCGAAUUCAAGAAACUAAAUAUCAACGCCGAGUAUCGAUUAUAGGUCUGUGGUCCAUCAGUUGGGGGGGGUGUUGGAAUUCUGAAGUGAUCGUGUCCUGCUCUCCUCUCUCUGUCACAUCUCUGUCACUCUCUUCUCAUCUGUCACUCCUUUCUUCUCUUUUCCAGAUGAAUAUGAAUUGUCAUCUUCUGUCCCACAACUCAGCCAUAUCUUGUAUGUAGAUAAAUAUUCAUGCUUCCUGAGUUAGAGAAUGAAAAACAUCAGUUCUUCUGCG